AUCGAUAUCGUAUCGUACACAUCUCCCUAUACAUACUCUCUCCACACAUCGCUUUCUUGAGUUGGAUUCUUACACUAGUCGCUUAGUUGACAAUACGGACAGCAACGAUGGACACGGACGCGAAUAUGGAAGAUGUGACCGAUAGGAGGAGAGAAGAUGAGAGGGAGAGGAGUCCUCGAGAAUCGAGUCGACGAGAAGAUAGGGAGCCAGAGCGAAGGCGAAGCAGGAGUAGGGAACGCGACUCGCAUCGACGUCGGAGUCCUAGUCGUUCUCGCUCCCCACCGCGUCGAUCAUAUCGCCAACGUUCUCGAUCCUAUUCCCGUGAUCGCCGACAAAGGACCCAUCGAUCUCGCUCCAGGAGUCCCCGAUACAAACGUCGCGACGAACGAGAGUACCACCGCAGGCCUUCUCCUCCCAGAAGUCAAGGAGGUCCGAUGAACGCCUCAGCCGAAGAAGCCGAGGCUCACGCCAAACAGAGCGUCAAGGAGAACAGGGUCUAUUGCGGCAACCUGACCUAUGCGACUACCUACAAGGACUUGACGGACUACAUGAAAGAGGCUGGAGAGGUGGCAUUUGCGGAAAUUUUUGUGACGCCGUCUGGCCAAUCGAAAGGAUGCGGUAUCGUCGAGUAUGUCGACCACGAGUCGGCUGAACGAGCCAUAAAGGGACUGGGCGAACGGAUGCUCUUUGGAAGACCCGUCUUCAUUCGAGAGGACCGAGAAGCCGAGGCUCGAUUCGGCUCCACGCCCGUCCCUGGUAAGAUCGGGGCGGCUUUCGGCGAGGCUCGUCCCGUAGGUAGGGCUAUGGCUGGAGGAUUCGGCGGUGCGGCUGCAGGACCGCCUGCCGAUUACAGGCAGUUGUUUGUCGGAAACCUGCCGCACACUGCUACUUGGCAAGACAUGAAGGACCUCUUCCGAGAGGCUGGUGCUAUCAUUCGUGCCGAUGUUGCCAUGUUCCCUGAUGGCAGACCCAAAGGGACAGGAAUUGUGGUCUUUGAGACACACGAGGAUGCUAAGAAUGCAGUUCAGACUUUCAACGGCUACAGCUGGCAGGAUUCGAUCCUCCAAGUGCGACCUGACCGAUUCGCUGGCUCUGGCUCCUUCCGAGGUGGUCGCGGUGGUUUCGCUCCUCGAGGUGGCUUCAUGGGCCGAGGUGGUUUCGCAGGUCGGGGAGGGUUCGCCGGAGGUUUCGCCGGAGCGGCGCCACCAGGUGUCAAUGGCAGGUACUUUACCAACGACCUCUAUGCCGACUACAAUGGUCCCGAAGGCGGGGCCAGGAUCCCUACCGGUCCAGCAAGUAGUCAAGCUCCUCUUGGAGCCGUGGAGCCUUCCAAGCAGAUCAUGAUCCGCAACUUGCCGUGGUCAACAUCCAACGAAGACUUGGUCGAACUCUUCGAGACUACCGGCCAGGUCGUCCUAGCCGAAAUCCUUUAUGAAGGUACCCGCUCGAAAGGAUCCGGAGUCGUUCAGUUCAAAGAGGUCGAAGAGGCUGAACAAGCCUGCCAAAAGUUCACCGGUUACGUUUACGGAGGCCGUCCCUUGGAUGUUCAAUUCAACGAUAGGUGGCAUCGUUUCACCGAUACUGCUGCACAGGGUUCCAGCGGUGUUCCUGCUUGAGCGAUAGGAUUGCAAUCUCUGUCCUAUGUGACCGUCUCGUCCUAUAUGUAGGUAGAUAAAGUGAUACAUGUCUACAUGCGACGAACGCCCUCGAAUACAACUUGAUACCUUUCGGA